CCGGUGCCAGAGGAUAUUGCUUUUCCAGUUGGAUUUGCUUGGGGUGCAGCUACAGUGGCAUAUCAAAUUGAAGAAGGCUGGAAUGCAGAUGGAAAGGGCCCUAAUGUCUGGGACACAUUCACCCAUCAGGGAGGAGAUCAAGUUUUCAAGAACCAGACUGGUGAUGUAGCUUGUGGCAGCUACACUCUGUGGGAGGAAGAUUUGAAAUGUAUCAAACAGCUUGGAUUGACUCAUUAUCGCUUUUCUCUUUCCUGGUCACGUCUGUUACCUGAUGGGACGACAGGUUUCAUCAACCAGAAAGGAGUCAGUUAUUACAGCAAAAUCAUUAAUAACAGGUUCAAUCCCUGCUUACUGCAGGGGGAAAUGGCAUCCUGCUCACUGUAUCACUUUGGCUUACCUCAGUCCUUAGAAGAUGAAGGUGGCUGGAGAUCUGAAAAGAUCAUUGAGACCUUUGAUAUUCAUGCAAAGUAUUACUUCAGAACAUUUGGAGACUGAAUGAUCACUAUUAAUGAGCCUCACGUUGUUGCUAUAGGUGGUUGUGAAAAAAAGUAUAGCCCUGGUAUUGGUACCAGAGCUUACAAGGCAGCUUAUAAUGUGAUAAAAGUUCAUGCUAAAGCCUGACACAGUUGCAAUAAGAUAUGGAGAAAACAAUGUGGACUUGUGUCUAUAGCUCUGAACUCAGAUUGGUAGAACCUCUAGAGUUCUGUAGCAGAUCAAAAAGCAACUAAAGGGUACCUGUCCUUUACCUUAGAUGGGUUUGUCAGGACAGUAUUUACUGAUAGUGAAUAUCCAGCCAUCAUGAAGUCCUGGAUUUCUGCAAUGCAUUCAAAGCAGGUUUACUUAUCAUCAAGGCUUCUGGAAUUCACUAAAGAGGGAAAAAUGAUGAUCACGGGUAUUGCUGACUUUACUGUGAACUGUUAA